AUGGAGGAGUGCCAGGAAAUCAUCUUAGCCCACCUCAAAGCCUUCGACCACCUGAUGUGUAGCAGACAUAAUGACUUGAUGGGAGUGCUGAGGGAAAUAACUACGCCACUAACUUCUACGCCGGAACCAGAGGUGAGCCUACAGUGUCCGACUGCCCAUCCCCUAGCAAUACAACAUCCCAAGCAAGCACUCACAAAGCAUCUUGACUCACAGGACAGUCAGUCUAACCUAACCGAGAGGAAGCUAACAGGACCAGAUACGUAUGAAGUGAUAAUACCCCCUGCUCUGGAGGGGGAUGCGGCCGGCCUGCCUGGUGGAGCCGGGGGCUUCAGCUUACCACACGGUGAAGUGGAGGAUUCUUUGCAGCAUUUCAAGAGCUGUAGCUUUACUGGAGUCAGAUGCGCCCUAUAUCGUGAUGCGGAGGGGGUUGGGCUCAUGCGGAGAACUUUAUGCUCCCCAGUUGGGAACGGAUUGACCGAUAGCUGCGUAGAGGCUCCUGAGAAAGCCCAUGUUGCACAAAAUAUGUGCAUUUACAUCGUAGAGGGGCCAUAUUUGCUGCUCAACUUACCACUUGAUGCAGGAACACUGUUUUUCCCCAUUAUGUUGUGGCAGAGACUUUGGUGUUGUUAUGCCAUUUUAACAGUAGUCGGAAAUGUAGCAGUGCUUGCCACAGCAGUGAAAUGCUCUUCUCAUCUAAAGUCACCAGAGCUACUCUCCAUUAAUUUAGCAGUAACUGAUCUCGGCAUGGCUCUCAGUAUAUAUCCAUUGGCCAUUGCUUCUGCAUGGAACCACGCCUGGCUUGGGGGAGACCAGACUUGCCUAUAUUAUGCAUUGAUGGGCUUCCUUUUUGGAGUAGCCAGCAUGAUGACUCUGACUGCAAUGGCUGUUAUACGGUACCUAGUAACCGCUUCACCUAGAACCAACAAGCAUAAAAUAAGAAGAAAAUCAGUUUAUGUUCUGAUAACAUGCAUAUGGAUUUACUCCUUGCUUUGGGCAAUAUUUCCGUUGCUUGGCUGGGGUUACUACGGCCCUGAACCUUUUGGUAUAUCUUGUACAAUAGCAUGGAGUGAAUUUCACAACUCCACAAAUGGUUUAUCAUUUAUCGUAAGCAUGUUCAUUUUAUGCACUAUUACACCAGCCGUAACAAUCAUAACAUGUUACACACGAAUCACAUGGAAGCUGCAUAAAGUAUAUCAAGAAAUACAGAACUAUGACAAAAUCCCAAAUGCUGCAAAAGUGGAAAAAAAAUUGACCCUGAUGGCCUUACUUGUUAGUUUUGGAUUUCUGGUAUCCUGGAUGCCCUACGCAGCUGUCAGCUUUUGGUCUAUAUUUAAUUCCAGCAAAUACAUCCCACCAAUGGUGUCUCUCCUUCCUUGUCUUUUUGCUAAGUCUUCAACAGCUUUCAACCCCAUCAUAUACUAUAUGUUCAGCAAAUCAUUUAGACAGAAAGUCAAACAGCUAAAUUGGUGCUGUGGAUGGAGGAUUAGUUUAUUGCACACGGAUAAUUCAGCGGAGAACCCUGCAGUGUCUGUGAUCUGGACAGGAAGGGAAAACGUACACCUCUCCUCUGUUCUCAAACCAAACAAAGAGAAUUCCAUAUCAACUACAAUGCCGUGAAUAAUGAACUAUCAUAGCUAAAAUGCACAAAAAAGAAAUUAAAUAAUGAUGAACACAUAAUUCAUGAUUUAUAGUUCAGUCUGUGUUGUAACAACUUAUUUGCCUUUAAUAACAGCAACAUUGUGGGGGAAAACAAUAAUUUGCUGAUAAAUUGCAGCUGAACAAUAUUAUUGACUCUAAAUCUGCUAUGAUUCUGGAUAUUAAAAACACUUUAAAUGAUGUAAUAUGUAUUGCUUUUGUGGGUUAUACAAAUAUAAGAAAAUUCUGAACACUAGUAAUAAAGGGCAUUUUGUACAACGA